AUGGCGAGGCCAAUCUGGUGGAAGGGCGAUGAGGCGGUCACUCUGGAUCAAUCGCCCUCGCAGAGAUCGUCCUACUAUGGGGAGGAGGACGAGAACUACGAUUUUAGCUUCCAGAGUAGCUUUCAGGCAUCGCCCAUGGCUAGAACGAUCCAUGCGGCCUCUUCGCCAAUGGGCAAUGCCGGCUUCAGUCCCUCGCAGCUGGGCAAUGGUCCGGAUCGCGUGUUCGUGGUUCCUGUCCGGGGAUCCGAGACGCCAAUCACCAGGUCCAAGAUUCCUCCUCCUCCGCGCGGCCGGAUGGGCAGCACCACGCCCGAAAUCGAGCGCCGGCUUGCCAAUGCCGAGGCCGGCACCGUCCAGGGCGCUGCGCUGGAGAUGUAUCGGGUGCUCAAGAAGAAUGGAUUGGCCGCCCAGGCGGAGAAGGCGAUCAAGCGGCUCAACAGUGGCAUUAGCGGCGCGGCGGCGGAGGAAUCCCUGCUGGGGAUGGAAUUCAUCCUCAAGGAUGGGAUCGUGAGCUUCCUCAGGGAGCUCUCCAAGCUCGCGCCUCCAGUUCCUCAGCAGGUAGUGAGGUUUUCUGGCGUGCGCCUCAGCGUCUCGCAAGAACAGGCGCUAGGGUAUGAGACAUUCGGCGGCAAGCUGCUGGGAUGCUUCUUGGGGCCGCUGCGCAAUCUACUGCUGGACAGGAAGACGAUCAAGAGGAAGAUCGAGGUGCUCAAGGAUCUGGAUGGAUUUAUCAUGCCCGGCAGCACUACGCUGCUCUUGGGGCCUCCCGGGAGUGGGAAAAGCUCGUUGCUCAAGGUGCUCGCCGGGCGAUGUGAAUCCAACAAAACCACUAAACUACAAGGAAUAGUUUCUUACAAUGACCGACUAGCUUCCGAGGUCGUCCUUACUCGACUCAUUGCUUAUGUCAAUGGACAAGUGAACAGGCAUCUGCCGUUUCUAACAGUUCGCGAGACGCUAGAGUUUGCUGGGGAUUGCACGCAAGGGGUCCGACCAAAGAACUUCAGUCCCAGCAUGCGGAGGUACUUUGCCCAAGCUCUAGUGCAAGGGCAGGAUCCAUACCUGGAGUAUGUUCUUCAUGUUCUGGGGCUCAAGGCCGUGGAAGAUAAGCUCGUUGGAAUCGGCCAAGACGGUCUAAGUGAAACAAACAGGCACAGACUUACAAGUGCUGAGCUAGCAAUCGGGACUUACGCAGUAAUGAUCUAUGACCAGCCUUGCUACGAGCAGGACUCGCAGGCAACGUAUGAUCUCGUCUUCACCUUGCGUGCGAUAAGCCGCAUACAACGGUCUUCUGCGGUGAUGUCGCUGGUUCAAGUAUCUCCAGAAGUUUUCGAGCUUUUUGACCGGGUGAUAGUCUUGGGAGAUGGACAGAUACUUUACCAGGGACCACGACAAGACGUCUUGGAUUACUUCUCUGUACUGGGAUUUUCGAAACCGUCUCAUGUUGACACAGCUGCAUUCUUGCAAGACAUUGGAGCAGGAGAAGGCGGUCAAUACGUAAAAGGAAACCGGCAACUAUAUGGGAUUGAAGAGCUCGUCGAGGCUUACAAAUCCUCAGACUUGUACAAAGACAUCGUCCGGAUAGUGUCUAGUGACGAUGUUGCGUUUACGUACUGGGUGGAGCAUGAGCCUAGCAUUGGUUUGUCAGUGCGUAAAUCCUCAAACGGUGCAGAGGUGGUAGUAAGUAGACUAUCCACUAAAGUCGACCAAGCUCAAGGAAUUGAGAGUACUGGGCAUAUCCAAGAAGGUGACAUUGUCACUGGAAUUUCUCUGAGGAACGGAAGGAUGCAGUAUAUUGCAGUAGGAUCGAAGAUAACCCGGAAGAGCUAUGCUGAUGAUAUAUCCAAGGUUUUGGAAGGGGCUAGAGGACACGUCCGACUCCAAGUAGAGCGAAGAGCAACAGAGCAGGAAGUCGAGAGCUCACAACCAGCGUUUGUGCAAACCUGGUGGGAGUCGACAAAAACAGUCACCAAGCGUCAGCUACGAUUUGCAACUCGUCUCAAGAUACUUGUUAUCUUGCGUCUCAUUCAAGUUGUGAUCUUGGGGAUUUUCGGGGGAGCUAUAUUCUAUAGCUUCGGUGGAUCUCUUGAUCCGGGAGAGAUGAACAUUGUUCGAGCGAUCGGCUUCGUUUCUACUUUCAGUAUUAUGCUUGUCAACGUUGUUCAACUUCCGGUGCACAUGAUUCAGCGGCCGGUUUUUUACAAGCACAGAGCGCAGCGGUUUUUCAGAGUUUCCUCGUAUUUAGCAGCUCAGAGCAUCGUCAACCUUCCACAGUCUAUUAUGGAGGCCCUUCUGUACAGCAUUCCAGUGUAUUUUCUUGCAAGACUUUCACUGGAAGAAGCUGGACUUCAUUACAUUCAGUUCUUUUGGCUAUUAGCGUUAGUGGCAUACAUGGGGUCUUUUCUUGUCAUUUUUCUGAGUACAAUUACUCCAGUUCUCGAAGCUGGGAACGCUUUAGCAGGUUUGGUGGUUUCUCUCGGUUUAUUGUUUUCCGGAUUCGUUAUCUUUCCGAGCUUGACUCCAAGCUACUGGAAGUGGAUGCUUUCGGCCAAUCCGCUCCGUUGGGGAAAUGUUAUAUUCUGCAUGGCCGAGUUCCUCAAUCGCUACCAUGAAUCUUGCCAAGACUUUCAGCAACUUCUGUUUUGCCGGAAAUAUCCAGAUCUACCAGUUGGCCGGGCGUACCUCGAGUUUUUCCAGCUUGUUUCGGAGAGAAAAUGGAUGGCAAUAUCCUUCGCAAUUAUUGCUGCUUCGGUUCUCAUUCUGGCGCUCGCUUCUUACUUGGGACUCAGCAAAGUCGUCUUUUCGGAAGUAAGUCCUUCCUUGCCAAGCGAGCCUGCAAGGAGUUCUUACAAGCAACCGGAGGACAAGCAGAAAGAUAUCUCUUGGGACGGACUAUCCAGAAUAACCGAGAUGAGCAACUUGCAAACCAAGACAGUGUGGGAGAAGAAUGGUAGCACCCAUGACGACGAAGAGCUUGGCCUUGGGCUUGAACUGCGGGGAACAGGUCACCAGUGGGAGAAUUCGCACAUACCCGUGAAAGCAGCCACGUUAUCAUUCCACCAAGUGAGUUUCUCUGUAAAAGCCGAGGAGAAGAUAGUGCUGGACAGGGUCUCGGGAUUCGCAAAGCCAGGGACAAUGCUUGCAAUUAUAGGGAGCAUGGGCUCAGGGAAGUCCACUCUUUUAAGAGUUCUCGCAGGACGAACUCUGCCAUCGUCAAGUGGGGAACUUAUCUCGGGUGAAGUGCUGGUGAACGGAUUCAAUCUGAGUAGCAACACCUUCCGGCGGCUGUCUGGUUUCGUGGAGCGAGUGGACGCUCAUCAGCCAUUCUUGACAGUGAAGGAGUCACUCGAUUUCAGUGCCGGUCUUCGUUUUGGAGGCAGCACAACCCCCGGCCGCCGGGCCUUUCACGUAGAGCUCGUCCUGGAACUUAUGGGCCUCGUCGGCGUCAAAGACCAGCUAGUGGGAUCUCUCAAGUUUUCAAACGGGAAGAUCUUUGAGCUCGCCAAGAAGCUGACCAUCGCUGUGGAGCUUGCAGCAAAUCCCAGCAUGAUUUUUCUCGAGGACCCGACGUCCGAUCUCGACAGCGUCGCCACCAGGAACAUCCUGUUCGCCAUCCAAACGGUUGCAGCAUCCGGCCGCACUGUUAUCAGCACGAUCCAGCAGCCGAGCGCUAGAGUUCUCAGUGCCUUCAACAACGUUCUUAUUAUGAGACCCGGUGGGGAGCAAGUUUACUUUGGUCCCGUCGGCUGGAACUGUGGCCAGCUUCUGGAAUACUUCACGACGAUGUCGAGCGCUCCAAAGUACGAGCAGAGCCAGAACCCGGUGACUUACAUGUUCGAUAUCAUCCGAAAGGACGAGCAAAACCUCGGCCUUGUCUAUCGAGCGAGUUCUCUGGGAAGCUCCAACGCCGAAGAACUCAAGAAACUCCGGAAACAGUACCGGAAGAACUCGUUCUGGCCGGCGCUGGAUUCGACUUACGCCGCUCCUUACUCCAAGCAGGCCUGGUUGGUCUUCCUGAGAACACAGAGGUUCCUCUACCGCAACGUCCAGUACACGUUUGGACGGCUCUCCGGGUCGAUCGCUCUCGGCCUUUUGCUCGGCUCGGUCUACUACAAGAUCGCCACCAACGAUACGUUCUCGGUCACGUCCCGGUCGCUUUUCAUCUACAUCCAGGUGAUGCUGCUGGGUGUGAUCAUCGCCAACAACGUCGUCCCCCAGCUUGGAACGGACAGGUUGGUCUACCACAGGGAACAGCGAGCAGCGAUGUACGCUCCAAUCUUCUAUCCGGUGUCUUGGGCGAUCGCGGAGAUCCCAUACCUGUUCAUCGCGACGCUGGUGUUCGUGGGGAUCUCAAACGGGCUGGCAGCGAUCGCGACGCAGAGCGUGAGCAGCUUCGUCACGUACUGGCUGUGCCUCUUCGUCUUCACCACCACCGUGAUGUACUUCGGUAUGUUCAUCACCAUCGCCACCCCGGUUCCAGUGCUGGCGGCGUUCGUGGUGUCCAUCACGAACUCCAUCUGGGUCUCGGCCUCCGGCGUGAUCGUCCCAAAGGCCAAGAUGGGAUUUUGCGAGUGGGUCUUCUGGGCGAAUCCAUUCCAGUACGUGACGCACGCGCUGACGAGCGUGAGCUUCUUCUGCGACACCGCGAGCGCGGCGUGCGCGAGCUGCCGGGUGGGCGAUGCGAAUUCGUGCGCGGGAUGCCACUGCCCGCGGCUGCUCAACGCCGAGAGCUCCGAUCCGGGGAGCUUGCCGGUGUUCGUGUGGGAUCGAUUGAGCUCGCAGCGAUCGCUGGAGGUGGAGAGGGUCUCGCUGGAUUUCGUCGCUCUGGGCGGGAUGAGCGUCCUCUUCGCGCUGCUUUCUUUCCUCGCCUUCGUGUGGAUGAAGCACAACAGAGGAUGAAGAAGAAGCGCAAAAUCAACGGUCCAGAUGAGCUCUCAUUUUUUAAUUCAACGGCCUCGAUGAAACGGGCAAACGUGCC